UACACGAAGUUUAUCUCGCCAUCGAAGGGAACGAGAUAGCUGCACCCAGAAGGGAACGGUUGCUGUAUCUUCAAUGGCCACAAACUCUUUAUCUUCUUCUUGCAUUUCUCCGGCGAGAGCCCUUCUCGCUGCUAUUUCUACCGCUUCCUUUCACCCCCAUGGCCAUGGAUGCUUAUCUAUCAUCAAAUUGAACGGAGUAGUAGGAGUGAGCGAGCAGAGACAGCCAUUUACCCAACUGGGUCUGCAACAUUUCGGUCGUAUGAUUGUACGGUGCAACGGCACAAGCACUAGGAGUUCAUCCAGUAACGUAGUGACUGACAUGGAUGUAAUGUUGGUCUCGCUCUUGCAAGAAAUGGGGAUUGAUCAGAGAGAAGUGGAGCUAAUUUUAGAGAACAAUCCGGCUCUAAGAUUCAAGGGUUUUACUUCUAUCCGUGCUCGGGUUCAAUCUCUGCAGCAACUCGGGGUCGACGGGCUGGCGCUUUGUAGACUGAUAUCAAAGCGACCAGAUCUCCUAACAGCCGAAGAAGUUGAUUCAUUGAUACGCUUUGUGAAGGAGGAUUUAGAAAGCCAGAUGGAACCCGGGCAACUCGAGCGCCUUCUAAGCGCGACAGAGCCAGCAUGUUUUCUGGGCUUCGAGAGAAAGGUUAGGUUGCUUCUUCACCAUGGAAUUCCCCCAGAAAAGCUGGCUCAUGUUCUUAACAAUGUCAAUCUCACCAAGGCGCUCUGCCUCAAGUCGGAUGAGGAGAUUGAGAGAACAAUUACUUUCUUGAGCCGUUUUGGCGGGGUCAAUUUGAUUCUUCACCGGCCGGCAAUUCUCAAUUACGAUCUGGAUAAUCAGCUUAUUCCCCGAAUUGGGUUUCUCACUGAGCUCAGUGGCGGCGAUGAAGAAGCUACAGGAACUGUGCUGCGUAAACUCCCGGCCGUGUUAGCCUACACUGCAGAGCAUUUGAAAGAUCACGUCGAGUUCUUCAGAUCAUUCGCUGGUUUAACCGAUCAAGAGAUAUUCAGGAUUGUUAUGGUGUACCCAAAUCUGUUUAGCGCCAGCAGAAAGAGGAAAUUGCACCCCAGAAUUGAUUUUCUCAAGCAAUGCGGGUUGAGUUCUAAUGACAUCUUCCGGUUCUUGAUCAAAGCUCCCCUGUUUCUGAGCCUUUCCUUUGAGGAGAACCUUGCUUACAAGCUAGUUUUCCUGGUGAAGAUUGGAUAUGAAAAUAAGACGAAGGAUUUGGCGCUGGCAAUGGGCGCUGUUACCCGAACCAGCUUCAAGAAUUUGCAGGAGGUGAUCGGGCUGUUCUUGAAAUAUGGGUUGUCUUGUGGAGACAUUCUUGCGAUGAGCAAGAAGCAUCCCCAGAUUCUGCAAUACAACCAUGUAUCCUUGGAGGAGAAGAUUGAUUACUUGAUCGAGGGUAUGGGUCGCGAAAUUGGGGAGCUAUUGGCGUUUCCGGCAUUUCUUGGCUACAAGCUUGAUACUAGAAUUAAGCAUAGGUAUGAAGCGAGGAAGAAGGUUUUGGGGGAAGGGAUGUCCCUCAACAAGCUCUUGAGUGAAUCGGCUAAAGAUUUUAAAUGAAGGAGGAGAAUGCAAAGUGAUGGAUGGAUGGAUGGAUGGAUGGACAGUGAAAUGUAAGUGACAGGAUGGACGAAGGUCUAUUCAAAAGCAUUUCAAUGGCUUGAUUUGUUGCAUCGAUUGUUCAAGCCUUGCUUAAACCCUGUCUAUCCAGUUUUCCAUGAGCUCUAGAAGAGACAAUUGAGAAGGCAGUGUCUACUUGUUUUGGGUACCUAACUUCUUGAGAGAGGAAGGUAUGAUUCCUAGAGCAAGGUAUGUGUAGGUUCGUCUUUAGAGAGAUUUGAACUGUAAACUAUUGCGGGUUACUCGCCAUUUUUCAUUGGCAAAGGUGUAUGUUUUUUGGGAAUGAACUGAAUUCUUGGAGAGAUGUGGGUUUGAUAGACAUGAAAAAUGAGAGGGCAGAAUUCAU